AUGUCGUUUCCAGAAGUGAUAGUCAUUCUUCUAAACAUAUCAAAGGCAAUGUUGGCACCGGCGAACCAACUUGAUUCAAAGUUGAAGUGCGCUAUAACAGGAGUAAUUCACUUUUUAAAACUCUGUCCGUGGCAAACAAUUUCAUUUGUCACUUUCGCGUCGCGAUGUAAAAUUCUACAAGAAUUUACUAAUGAUCAUACCUUAUUAACCGAAGUUUUAAAUAAGUGGGAGUUUCAUUCGGACGACCCUUCUGGAGAAAUACGUGUGGCUUUGGAAUUCUCAGAAAAUUAUGUAAUUGAAAAGUUCGGUUCUGGCCAGGCGUGUCAAUUUAUUGUAAUUACAGAUGGCCUAAUGUCACAAGCGGAUGAAGUUAGCAAAGAUGAGCAUUCAAAACAAACUAGCCAUACAUUGCAAAGGUAUAAAAAACUCUUAAACAGACAUCUACCAUCUAGAGUUACUAAAAAUCAUCCUGAAGGUGAAUUUACUCUCGAAAAAGAAGGCGCAUUUUAUUUCUUAAUAUAUCCUCACACUACGUAUAAAAUUACGAAUGCUAUUAACGUGAUUGCAGAAAAAUACCUUAUACCAUAUAAGGGUUUCCUCUCGCUUGGAAAAAUAAUCAUGUCAAUACAUGUAUAUCCUAUCAUCCAUAUCGACGAUGAUGAUUCAUUACAAGGGGAGUCUACUUAUUUGCGAUUUUGGAUGUUUUUGAAUGACGAAACUAAUGAAAAUGGGUGUAAUAAUGAAUACUUUCAUGUCUUAAGCUCAUCGCUGAGAAAGGAAAAUCGGGUAGCAGUCGUUUGGUUGCAAAAUAAUACCUAUGCCACCAUAGAAGCACCCAAUUCUGAGUCAUAUUUUUUUUAUUUCACAAUGUAUUCUCAUGAGAGCGCAAGAAAUUUGUUGACGCCAUCCCCGAUGCCCAUAAACCCACAGUCAAAAAGUUAUUUAUCUAACAACGUCGAAUUGCCUAAAACAGAGUUUGUUGAGUCAUUGCUGAACAAAAUUCCAAGAUAUGUUGCAAAUCUGCCAAAUGAGACUGCAAAAUUAACAACAGUUAUUCAGCAAAUAGCGAGAAUCACUGAUAUGUUUUGCUAUAUGCCUCUUCGAGAAAAAGUAAUCGAAAACUUACAAGAUCUACGGAUUCAAUCACCAGAAGCCGAAAACCGUGCAAUCCUUACGCAAUGUUUACAAUUAUUAGGUGAUACCGAUUUAGAAGAUGAUGAUGAUGAAAUUGAAGCAAUGGAUUAUGAAGAAGAAAGGGAAGAUCCUGAGGAUUAUGAGGAUCAUAAAGAUGAGGAACGGAGUAAUACUAGGAUCUCACUCAAUGAUUUGUUGAAUUGA